CGCCGCCGCAGUCACUGCCCGCCCCACUGCUGUGAGCUGGGGGAGGAGCCCGAGACUCUGGAGCAGCGGCUCAGGCGGUCGUGGCGGUCUGAGGUCCGAGAGCUCUGCUCCUCAGAAGAGCGCGUGGCUGUCUCUACUGGUUUCAGGCCUUCUACGAGCCAGCAGGAAAGGAUUGCCAGCCAGAGAAAGACAACAUCCGAAGUCCCAAUGCAUAGAUCAGCCCCCAGCCAAUCCACCAAGAGGAGCCGGUCACCAUUUUCCACCACUCGUCGUAGUUGGGACGACAGUGAGAGCUCAGGUACCAGCCUGAAUGUUGAAAAUGAGGACUAUUCCAGGUAUCCAUCAAGAGAGUACCGGGCUUCAGGGAACAGAAGAGGAAUGGCUUAUGGACAUGUUGAUGUUUUUGGGGCAGAAGAUAGUGAGGAGGAGGGGGCUGGGCCUGUUGAGCGACCACCAGUGAGAGGGAAAACUGGCAAGUUUAAGGAGGAUAAGCUGUAUGACAUGGAAAAGGGGGCAAGGUCUUUGUCGGGGGUGCCUCCACGGUUUGCUAGUUUCAACCGCAAUGUGAGAGAGGAGCUUGACAAGUUAGACCCAUCCCCUGCAGCAAGACGCUCUGCUACCAGAGCUGAGUUCCUGAGGCAAAAUAAUGUGGCCUCUCAAAAAUCUUCUGUUGAAGGCAAGGUGGCUGCCAACGGAGACAGCUUGGAGAGGGAGAGGCGGGAGCAGAAUUUCCAUGCACGGGCCAGCCAGGCUCCUGUGAGUGUUUGUGGUGGUGGGGAAAACUCUCCAAAGAGUGCGGAAGAACCAGUGGUGAGGCCUAAAGUCCGAAAUCUGGCAAGCCCAAACUUCGUGAAACCAAAAGUAUUUUUUGAUACUGAUGAUGAUGAUGAUAUGCCGCACAGUACUUCCAGGUGGAGGGAUGCUGCCAGUGCUGACGAAGGCCGCUCACAUGGCCUAGCAAGAAGAGGCAGAGGUGAGAGCUCAAGUGGCUACUCUGAGCUGAAGUACCCUGAAGACAAGAGGGAAGCCAGAAAUGAUCAAGUGAAGCCAGAGAAGGUGCCCAGAUGGCGACGAACCAUGGUUGACCCUGACUUCUGGACGUACAAUGAUGAUAACUACAAAUACUUAGAUGAAGACUCUGACAGUGACAAAGAAUGGAUUGCUGCUCUGCGCCGCAAGUAUCGAAGUCGAGAGCAGCCCCUGUCAUCCAGUGGUGAAAGCUGGGAGACUCUACUGGAAAAGGAAGAGCAGGAACCUCCACAAGCUAGAGUGAGUGUGAGUGCUGCUGGUGUUAGCUCUGGCCCUGGUGCCAGAGCCAGUGAGGUUGCUAGCGCUGGUGCCAGUGCAGGUGCUAGUAGCAAAGGUAGUAGCUAUUUUGAGGAAGUUCAAGAACCAUCACUUCAACAAGAGGAGCGGGCAUCCUUGGAAGGAGAAAUUCCUUGGCUCCAGUACAAUGAGAAUGAGAGUAGCAGUGAGGGAGAUAAUGAUUCUGGUCAUGAGUUAAUGCAGCCUGGGGUAUUCAUGCUGGAUGGAAACAACAACCUUGAAGAUGAUUCCAGUGUCAGUGAAGACCUCGAAGUGGAUUGGAGCCUCUUUGAUGGCUUUGCCGAUGGGCUAGGAGUAGCUGAAGCCAUCUCUUACGUGGAUCCUCAGUUUCUCACUUACAUGGCCCUUGAAGAGCGCCUGGCCCAGGCCAUGGAGACUGCCCUUGCACAUUUGGAGUCCCUUGCGGUAGAUGUCGAAGUGGCCAAUCCACCAGCAAACAAGGAGAGCAUCGAUGCUCUUCCCGAGAUCCUGGUCACUGAAGAUCAUGGUGCGGUGGGCCAGGAGAUGUGCUGUCCUAUCUGCUGCAGUGAAUACGUGAAGGGGGAGGUGGCGACUGAGUUACCAUGCCAUCACUAUUUCCACAAGCCGUGCGUGUCCAUCUGGCUUCAGAAGUCGGGCACCUGCCCUGUGUGCCGCUGCAUGUUCCCUCCUCCACUCUAAGGACCAAGGCUGUUUACUCCUGGUCUCAUUGUUGUCCCCAUCUGAAAGCCACAAUACUGCAGGAGCCCUCUCAAAAUUAAUGAAAAAAAUUUGGUCAAUUUAAACCUGUUGAUUCCUUGUGAUUAUUUCUAAUGUGAAAUGGUUGUAUAUGAUUGCAUUAAAAAAUCACUGUUGUUUAGAGGUUAGAAAGGCAAAACUAAAUUUUCUAAGUGCUUCUUGAGAUUGAAAGAACAUACAUUUUCUAACCUGAAAGUUGAAAUGAGUCACAUUUGUUUUCUUCAGUAGAAUAUGUUGCUGUUAAUUGUAAUGUCAAGUUUUACAGGUUAAAUAGGUCCAAAAAGAAAAAUCAUUUUUGUUGCA